AUUUUGAAUAGUCAUAGCUCCAGUCAAAGUCAUAAGUCUAAUUGUCAUUUAAAGUCAUAUAACAGUCACUAUAAACAUGUCAAGUCAGCAAGCACACAUUCACUGCACCACUUGUCUCCACCACCACAAUUUACACACAUACAUAGUCAGUCACAGUCAGGGAAUGAUUCCGGUGAUGACAUUGGUGUCAUUCCUGAGAGAUCUCACCGAGACUCAUAUUGUCAGUCUGAGAAAUUAAUUCUCAAGUCAUAUUUCAAUGAUGAUAAUGGUGAUAAUGUCAUGUCUGAGAGGUCUGAAAAGUACCUCGGUGAUGAAAGCAGUCACCAGUCAGAGAAAUCAAUUCUCAAGUCAUAUUGUCAUAAUUCAAAUAAAAGUUGUGAUAGUCAAAGUGGGUAUCUUAAUGAUGAGUACAGACACAUGUCUGAGGAAUCACCUCACACAAUCACAACAGUCACAUCACCAUAUCACAGUCAACAAGUCACAUCAUCAUUUAGUCGGGUCAAUAUAGUCGAGUCAAAAUAUAAACAUAACAUUAACAAUAGUAAACAGUCUUGGAACAUAAAUGUUAAAGUAGGUCAUUCACAAUUUAAUUGUAUCAUUGAUUCAGGAGCUGAUCUUAACAUAAUGUCAAAACAAACUUUUGAUUCUUUAAAACGUCAACAAAGUCAAAUGUCACUUGUCAAAUGUCACAUAAAUGUCACAGGAUUUUGUGGCAAGUCAAUACCCAUUAUGGGAAAAGUCAAUAUUAAAUGCAAUUUAAUAUUAAAUAAUAACACUGUCAGUGAAAAUAUAGUAUUCAUAGUCGCAAAUUUAGUAUGUCCCAAUGUCUUAGGUCUUCCUACUUGUGAAAGGUUAGGAAUAAUUAAAAGAGUUUUUUCAGUAUCUAAACAAAAUUUUUGUCAACAAAUUCUAACACAAUAUAAUGAUGUUUUUCAGGGUCUUGGCUGUCUACCUCCUGUCUGUCACCUGAAACUCAAACCUGAUGCAGUACCAUGCGUGGAUCCUCCCAGGAGAGUACCAUUUGCGAUGCUUGGAAAGCUACGCGAGGAGUUGGAUCGCAUGGAGAGCAUGCAAGUCAUUGAAAAAGUCACUAAGCCUACAGAAUGGGUGAAUAGCAUAGUAAUUACGGUCAAAAGUUCAGGUCAGUUACGAAUUUGUUUAGAUCCUAGAAAUUUGAAUAAGAAUAUUAUAAGGGAAAUUUAUCCAAUAAAGUCAAUUGAUGAGAUAAGAUCUCAAUUAGUAGGAGCUGUUUGUUUUUCUCAUUUAGAUGCAUUUUCAGGUUUUUGGAUGUUAAGAUUAGAUGAAUAUAGUUCUAAUUUAUGUACCUUUCAAACACCAUUUGGCAGAUAUAAAUAUUUAAGAUUACCUUUUGGCAUAAAUGCAUCAUCAGAAAUAUUUCAAAGAGUUAUGAUGAAUUUGUUUGGUGAUUUAGAAGGAGUCUUGAUAUUCAUCGAUGACAUUCUAGUCUAUGGUCCAAGUGAGUCUAUACAUAAUGAGAGAUUACAUAAAGUAAUGCAAAGAGCUCGUCAAGUUAAUUUAAAAUUUAAUAAGUCCAAAUGUAAAUUUCUAGUUUCUGAAGUCUGUUUUUUAGGUUAUGUCUUUAGUAAAGAUGGUGCAAGGGUUGACCAAGAAAAAGUAAAAGCAAUUGUCAAUAUGCCUACACCACAAAAUGUCAAAGAAUUGCAAAGAAUAUUAGGUAUGAUCAAUUAUUUAGGUCCCUUUAUUAGCAAUUUGUCAGAAAAAACUCAAAUUUUAAGAAAUCUUUUGAAAAAAGAUGCAGUCUGGUCUUGGGAUGAAAAUCAUAAUAAAUGUCUUAAGAGUUUAAUAGAUGAAAUUACAAAGUCACCGGUUUUAGCUCACUAUAACCCCAAUAUUCCAUUAGUCUUGUCAGUAGAUUCGUCUAAGUCAGCAUUGGGAGCAGUCAUUUUACAAAAUAAUAAACCCAUUGCUUAUAGUUCAAAAACAUUAACCACAACUCAGUCUAGGUAUGCUCAAAUUGAGAAAGAAUUGCUUGCAAUUCAAUUUGGUUGUGAAAAAUUUCAUCAGUAUGUAUAUGGUCAUAGAGUCACAGUUCAUACAGAUCAUAAACCAUUAGUCUACUUAUUUGAUAAACCAUUACAUGAUGUACCAGCUAGGUUACAGCGAAUGAUGUUAACUUUACAAAAGUAUGACUUGAAAGUCAUACAUGUCCCAGGUAAACAAAUGUUUAUAUCUGAUACCUUGUCUAGAGCUGCCUUAAAAGAUUAUUAUAUACCAGAAAAUGAGUCAGAAAUAACUUGUCAUGUCAAUUUAAUGUAUUCAAAUUUAGCAGUCACUAAAGACUACAGCACAAAAUUGUCACAACAUACUAAUAAAGAUGAAAGUUUGCAAUUGUUAAAGAAAUAUUAUUAUGAAGGUUGGCCAAAAAGUAAAAGUAAAGUCAGUCAAUUAGUCAAACCAUAUUGGAAUAUACAAGCUGAAAUUCAUGUCGUAAAAGAUUUGUUGUUCAAAGGUUCAAAAUUGAUAGUACCACAGUCUAUGUAUAAGGAAAUGUUGGAUAAAAUUCAUGAAGGUCACCAAGGUAUAAACAAAUGUCUUAAAUUAGCUAGAGAUUCUUUAUAUUGGCCAAACAUGUCAGGUGAUAUCAAAAAUUUAGUAGAACAAUGUCUUAUAUGUGCGAAAUUCAAACCUUGUAACCAAAAAGAACCAUUACAAAAUUUUGAGAUUAAUAAGUAUCCAUGGCAACAAGUUGGUAUUGAUUUAAUGUAUAUUGAUAACCUUUCUUAUUUAAUUGUUACAGAUUAUUAUUCUAAAUACAUAGAGAUAGCUUUGUUAAAUAAAAAUAGUACAGCCAAAAAUGUAAUUACACAUUUAAAGUCUAUUUUUGCCCGUCAUGGUAUACCUUUGUCAUUAGUGUCUGACGGUGGACCUCCUUUCCAAUCUUUAGAAUUCAAGAAUUUUUUACAUGAAUGGGACAUAGAACAUAUUAUUACUAGCCCAUAUCAUGCACAGUCAAAUGGUCAAGCAGAAAGUUCAGUCAAAAUUGUAAAAAAUAUGUUGAAAAAAUGUAAAGAAAAUUCGUCUGAUCCUUAUAUAGCCUUAUUACAAUAUAGAAAUACACCUAAAAAUAAUUUACCAUCCCCAGCACAACUGUUAAUGUCUAGGAAUUUAAGAGAUAAUGUUCCAAAGUCAUAUAAAAAAUUAAAACCAAAGGUUGUAAAAUUUAAAGAUUACAAAGAAUGUGUAAACAAGAAUAAUGUCAAUAAGUCAAAAUAUUAUAAUAGAAAUUCUAAGCCUUUGUCAUUGUUGUAUCCUAAUGAUCAUGUCUACUUUAAAAGAAAACCAAAUUAUAAUUGGGAACAUGCCAUUGUCAAGCAAAGGCUGGCAAAUAAUAGGUCAUAUGUCAUUGAGGAUGUCAAUGGAGUUAGGUAUAGGAGAAAUAGAAUUCACUUAAGGCAUAAGUACUCUCCUAUGCUAUCCAACUCGUCGUCGUCGUUGUCAUCGUCGCAGGGGAGAGAGGAUGGUGACAGUCAGAAGGCUGGACCUCAAGAACUCUCAUCUCAAUCCUCAAGUAGUCAAAUUGUCACACGUUCAGGUCGAUUUGUAAAGCCUUCUCGUAGGCUAAUAGAAGAAAUAGAUUAAGUAUAUAAUUGUAAUCUAAAUUAAGUCAUAAUUAAGUAAAAACCUUUGUCUAUCAUAACUAUGUAUAAUAAAGUCAAUUUUUGUCAAGUCAGUCCAUAGUCUUAAGUCUAUUGUUUGUCAAGGGUUAAUUUAAACUUAACAGGGGGGAUGUUGUAACAUCACUAAUUAGUAAUACUAAUUAGUACGUCACUAAUAUAAUAACUUCCGCUAUGAUCUGUCAUCUGUCUUUUUCCAUAUCUUUGGUAUGGGUCGACUAUGUAACUGUGUGAAUGUGUGUUGUGAAAUAAAACUCAAGUAACCCAAGA